UCCAUCCUGAGCUUUAAAAGUCAUAUUAGAUUUUUAUUUCUUUGGUGUUUGCUGUUAAAUUUCAGUAGUCUACGGGCUUUCCAUCUUUUUGGUGACCCCAACCUCUUCAACAUGUGCAACUAUGAGUGCUGCAAGUCGAGGUCGCCGAUUGCCAAGCGAAUGGCGGCCCGUAAAAUUCUGCAGCUGGAGGAAGAGGAGCGUAAGAAGCCCAAGUUUGUGAUCCCCACUCCCCAGAGCCUCUUCUACCCCUUCGAGGAAGUGGAGGCCAUGGCCAAGUACAUCAUAGACACCAGUCACAUUCGACCCAAGUACGGUUUGAUAUGCGGCAAACUCAUUGGCUCCAUGAUUUCGCUGGUGGAGGACCCGGUGAUCAUUCCCUUCGAGGAUAUUCCCAAUUUUCCGGCCGGGAUAAAUCCGGAGAGCUGCUUUCGCGUGGGCCACGUGAUGGGUGCACCCAUAAUCGCGCUGGCCGAUCGCUUUCAGACCUUCGAUGGCUUCAAUCUGGCCACCUGUUCGCUGCCCGUUCGCGUGAUGCAGUUGUGCGGGGUCAAGACCAUCAUGCUGACCUCCGAGGCGGCUGCCGUUAACCAGCAGUACGAACUGGGCGACAUAAUGCUCGUGGAGGACCACAUCAACAUUGUGGGAAUGAUGCAGCAAACGCCGCUCGAGGGACCAAAUGAUCCGCGAUUCGGCAGCCGUCUAUUCUCGAUGGUAAAUGCCUACGAUAGAGAUUUAUUGGCAGCGGCUGAGGAUAUUGGACACGAGUUGGGCAUCCAAAACUCCCUGCACCGCGGAGUAUUCGCUGUCCUCGGAGGUCCUGUCUACGAAACUGUGGCCGAGGAGCGACUCCUGCGCACAUUUGAAGUGGAUGCCGUGGGCAUUUCCCUGCUGCCCGAAGUCAUUGCCGCCCAUCAUGGUGGCCUCAAGGUGUUUUGCUUUGUCAUCAUCAGCAUGGCUGCCAAUGACAAGGGAGCUGAGGGAGACGACCGCGAAGUGGAGUUCGAAAUGGAUAGGAAAAAGUCCUUGGAGGUGCCGCCACUUAAAGUGCAGGCCUGCUCCGAUUUGAUCGGUCAUCUGCUCUACGAUUUGCACCAAGAGCUCUGACGAUCGAAAAUAGAUUUCUUGAAGCCCC